GAGGGUUUAUAGCGGCUACUAGAGAUAAUCAUUGAAGGGACCGUUCAAGUCAGGAAGGUUUCCGCUCUCAUUUCUCAUCCCUCUUUUCUGUCUCACCCUCUGCUUCCCUUUGAUCUCAUGACUUCGAAGCUCGUAGGCUUCGUUCAGGACCUGUUUGAUUCAUUUAACUUAUCCUUGGAUUCUAAUUCAUCGUUCUUUUUUCUUAAAAGUUGAAAAAAAUUUGAUGUCCAGUAUUGGAACUCUCACAUCCUCGACAACUCUCUGUAACAAGCUCGAUUGCUUCGUUCCAGUCGAUAAACCCACAAUCCUUGGUCCAAUUCCAUCAAAGAAACAGCCCACAGUAGUUAUGUGGAGAUACAUAGCAAAACAUGCCUCUUCUAAAACGUUGGGAUUUUACCAAGAACCCUCGUCGAUAUUGCCUACUCAUUGUUUCCUGGGUUACUCCCUAGAUUCGAUUUUGCCCGACCGAAACAGAGCAGUUGAGCUCAAAAGCUACUUGGACACCGGGUUCCUUGGAAGAAAUUCUCUUCGAAAUUGGGAGUUACCAUCGCAAGAAGAUGAUUUGGGGAGAAUCAGUUUUGGGUGUUUCAGAAACUCGAUCAAGGGUUACGCCAGUGUUGCCGAGGCCAUCUGUUCGACUGAUGCAGAUGAAGAUAUUGCUGCAAUUGGUGAAAUUCAGGGAUUGGAGAUGAGGAAAGACGAGAAAGCGAAUUCGGAGACCACGGUGCAGAGACGGCCGCAAAAACUGGUGGCACGUAUGGGGCAAGGGAAGUAUCUUAUGCUUCGGAGGAGGCAAAUAAGGAUUGAAACAGAAGCAUGGGAACAGGCUGCGAAAGAAUACAAGGAGCUUCUUGUGGACAUGUGUGACCAGAAGCUGGCACCCAAUUUACCAUACAUGAAGUCAUUGUUUCUUGGUUGGUUUGAGCCCUUGCGUGACGCAAUUUUUGCUGAGCAGGAACUAUGUAGACAAGGGAAGAACAGGACAGCUUAUGCCCCGUAUUUCGAUCAGUUGCCGGCAGAUAUGAUGUCGGUUAUUACGAUGCAUAAGUUGAUGGGCUUGUUGAUGACAGGAGGUGAACAUGGCAGCGCUAGGGUGGUCCACGCUGCUUGCCAGAUAGGUGAAGCCCUGGAGCAAGAGGUUAGGAUACACAAGUUUUUGGAGAAGACAAGGAGAAAGACUAACAAAGAUAAGAAAAACCAAGAAGGUGAAUGUGAUCCUGUAACCAUAGAGCAAGAAAAGCUAAGAAAGAAAGUUAAUAACUUGAUGAAAAAACAAAAGCUGCAACAGUUGAGGCACGUACUGAAGGGUCAGGAUGAUUCAAAGCCAUGGGGCCUGGAAGCUCAGGCUAAGAUUGGGAGCCGUUUAAUUGAAUUGUUGAUGCAAACAGCAUAUAUACAACCUCCAGUUGACCAAGCAGCAGAUGGUCCACCUGAUAUUCGGCCUGCAUUUAGGCACAGCUUGAGAACUGUUUCAAAAGAAGCACAGAAAUCCAGCAGAAGAUUUGGGGUCAUUGAAUGUGAUCCUUUGGUUCACAAAGGAUUGGAGAGGACUGCAAGGCACAUGGUGAUCCCUUAUAUGCCAAUGUUGGUGCCUCCAGUCAACUGGACAGGAUAUGACAAAGGUGCAUACUUGUUUUUACCAUCUUAUGUCAUGCGCACACAUGGAGCUAGACAACAGCGUGAAGCAGUUAAGAAGGUUCCACAGAAGCAAUUAGAAUCAGUUUAUGAGGCACUGGAUACACUUGGCAAUACCAAAUGGAGGGUUAAUAAAAGGGUACUUAGUGUUGUGGACAGAAUAUGGGCUAGUGGAGGUCGUCUAGCUGACUUGGUGGACCGUGAAGAUGUUUCUUUACCAGAGGAGCCAGACACAGAAGAUGAAGAAGUGCUUAAAAAAUGGAAGUGGAAAAUUAAAACUGCGAAGAAAGAGAAUAGUGAGAGGCAUUCACAGCGGUGUGACAUAGAACUUAAACUUGCUGUAGCCCGGAAAAUGAAGGAUGAGGAAGGUUUCUUUUACCCACACAACCUUGACUUUCGAGGCCGCGCAUAUCCCAUGCAUCCUUAUUUGAACCAUCUUGGUUCGGAUCUGUGUCGGGGAGUCUUGGAGUUUUCUGAGAGGCGUCCCCUUGGAAAGUCAGGAUUGCACUGGCUCAAGAUACAUCUGGCCAAUGUAUAUGCUGGUGGUGUGGACAAAUUGUCCUAUGAUGGUCGAAUAGCAUUUACUGAAAACCACUUGGAUGAUAUAUUUGAUUCUGCAGACAGACCACUAGAGGGUAGGCGGUGGUGGUUAAAUGCAGAGGAUCCAUUUCAGUGCUUAGCAACGUGUAUCAAUCUUUCUGAAGCACUGAGAAGCUCCUCACCAGAAACAACCAUCUCACAUAUGCCUAUUCACCAGGAUGGUUCAUGUAAUGGAUUACAACACUAUGCUGCUCUUGGAAGAGACACGUUGGGAGCAGCUGCAGUGAAUCUGGUUGGUGGAGUGAAGCCUGCAGAUGUUUAUUCAGGAAUAGCUGCUAGAGUUCUUGAUAUUAUGCGGAGAGAUGCUGAGAAAGAUCCUGCAACUGAUCCAAAUGCAUUGCGUGCUAGGCUUUUAAUCACUCAGGUGGACAGGAAAUUGUUUAAGCAGACUGUGAUGACAUCUGUAUAUGGUGUCACUUAUAUUGGUGCCCGUGAUCAGAUCAAGAGAAGAUUGAAGGAGCGCAAUGCCAUUUCAGAUGAGAGUGAGCUGUUUGGAGCAGCUUGUUAUGCUGCAAAAACCACCUUAACUGCCUUGGGGGAGAUGUUCCAAGCUGCACGCAGCAUCAUGAGCUGGCUUGGUGAAUGUGCGAAGGUGAUUGUGUCAGAAAAUCAGCCAGUUAGAUGGACCACUCCUCUUGGACUCCCUGUUGUGCAACCCUAUCGCAAAUUAGGAAGGCAUCUUAUUAAAACCUCUCUUCAGAUUUUGACGCUACGGCGAGAAACAGAUAAGGUCAUGGUCAAGCGACAAAGGACAGCUUUCCCACCAAAUUUUGUUCAUUCCCUCGAUGGUUCCCAUAUGAUGAUGACUGCACUUGCCUGUAAGAAGGCAGGUUUAAACUUUGCAGGAGUCCAUGAUUCAUAUUGGACACAUGCAUGUGAUGUUGACGAAAUGAACAGGAUACUCCGAGAGAAGUUUGUUGAUCUCUAUGAGCAACCAAUACUGGAGAAUUUGCUGGAGAGCUUUCUGGAGUCCUUCCCUACAUUGUCUUUCCCUCCCUUGCCGGAGCGUGGAGACUUUGAUCUGAGAGAAGUUCUGGAAUCACCAUAUUUCUUCAACUGAUUUGCAGCCAAAUGUUCCUUUGGGAUAGUGCAUCAUGGCUCUGCACCUGUAUUUUUUUUCCAGAUGGUGGCUUUGCUUUUUCAUGGGCUGGUGAAGUGCAACAUGAAUUUUCCUAAGCAAUGGUGCUUGUGCUUCCUACAAUUCCAUCAGAGAUGUAUACAUUUAUUCAUGUAUCUAUUUCAGAUCAAGAUCUAUUUGAGCGUUUAGGGAAGGAACUUAAGUUAACAGCCAUGUCUCUACUUAGUCUCUAAGCCUACCAUUUUGUAAAUUCUGGAGAACCAGA